GGGAGGGGACGGAGAGCGAGAGAGCGGUAGAGACGGGCGCAUAAACUCGUUUGGCCAAGUCUCUUCUCUCAUAACCAGCGUGCGCCUGUUCCUCGAAUGUUGUGUCGGGUUUAUUUCCGACCCUCUACAAGCUGAAAGCCGUUCUGCAAGAGAUGUUUGGUCUGUCGGUGUCGUAGGGUUUACUCAUAAUUCGAGGAGCGGUCGGAGGACUCGGUGUACGUGGACCAGAGCCAUAUAUUUAGAUUAAUAUAUGGCUCUGAUGUGGAUAUAAUGUUUUCUUCACACCGGGAGUUUUAAAUCGUCGGAGUGAACCGAGGUGCGUCUUUGCGCGGCUGGAGGGGCUAAGGUCGGUCAGUUUUUACACCCUUGGCACUGUGCUUUUGAUGGCGUUCUUGCAGAGGACUGGAGACUACUGCCACGCUCAACAUCCCAGAGCAUAGGCUGAUCCAGGGGAGGAUGCCCACUGCGCUGCCUUCUCUGCCUAAUACCCUGCCCUGAUCCCUGGGUACCAACGCGUUGAGGGCUCCCUGCCUCCAAGGACUCUCUACCCCCUAGGUCUGUCACCCUAAGGCCCUCUCUCAGGAACCCUAAUGGGGUGAUUGGACUAACUAUUCCACUACUCUUCAGUGAAAGCCCCAAGACCUCAUCUAAACCAACCACAGUGACUUCCCCAAGGAUCGACCAACACGAGGACAGACUUGUCUUUUUUGUCUUCUUAAAGGAGGAACAGGACUUAGAACAUCUGCAGGGUUAAAGGCCAAUUUUCGGAGGAGUUUAGCCCACCAGCGACCGUGGCGACUGUGGACGACCAGUUUGUGUUCCCCCUGCGUCCCUGUCAGUGUUGCGUUCACCCCCCCAGCUGGGUAAGGGUUGUCAACAUGGCCCGUAUGAACCGUCCGGCGCCGGCCGAGGUGUGCUACAAGAACAUGCGGCUGCUCAUCACGCACAACCCCACCAACUCCACCCUCAACAGCUUCAUCGAGGACCUUAAGAAGUACGGAGCCACGACGGUGGUGAGAGUGUGUGAGGUGACCUAUGACAAGGCUCCGUUGGAGAAGGACGGCAUCACCGUGGUGGACUGGCAGUUUGACGAUGGUGCGCCCCCUCCCUCGAAGGUGGUGGAGGACUGGCUGAGUCUGCUAAGGUCUCGUUUCCUGGAAGAUCCGGGCUGCUGCGUGGCCGUGCACUGUGUGGCUGGACUGGGCAGAGCUCCGGUGCUGGUGGCGCUGGCACUGAUCGAGAGUGGGAUGAAGUAUGAGGAUGCCAUCCAGUUCAUCAGACAGAAGCGCAGAGGGGCCAUCAACAGCAAGCAGCUGACCUACCUGGAGAAGUACCGCCCCAAACAGAGACUGCGCUACAAAGACCCACACAUCUUCAAAAACAAGUGCUGCAUCAUGUGACCCCUAUUUCCACCCUCUGCCAAUCAACUGCCUGCCACCUGAUCGAUCUGACCCGAAUGGAUAACGACGACGGACGAGUCCACAGCCGAUGCACUUUGUGACUGAACUAUGAGAUUAUAAAUCAUGAACUGAGCUAAGCAGCUCCACCAAGGGAAGGGUGUGAUGAGUCUCCCUGGUGCCUAAAGACAGCUCUUACUGAGGGGGCCCUCCUUGAAUCAGACUUUUUAUCCAAGAGCUUGGAAUGGAUGGUGGAUGUGGCACAGGACGUUGACACUCGCCACAUUGAUAGCCGUCAUCACCAUGGGUUUGUGCCUCGCUGCAAAUGAUUUGACUUGCAGUUGACUUUGUCAUUGUACCUCCAACGCCCCCUUGCUACCAAACGGUGGUAAUGCCUCAAAUCAUUGUCUGAAAGAGAGCCAGCUUUAGCUGUAUGAAUAUGAAAACAAUGUGAAUCAUGGGGGGAAAAAUGUUUGUGCCUAGUUACCCUUUCUCUCCCUGCCUUCAGUAGGGGGACUGGGACGUUUUCUGUUCACUCCUUGUUCCAAGGUUAAUGCUAUCCGGAAUCCUUGGGACGUCCCUACCCUAACCCAUACUGCCUACCAUUUUACAUUUCAAUAGAGAGAAAUAGU